CAGUGUAACCGACCUCAGGCUCAGACCCGUUUGAGACAAUCUCCAGUGUGUGCACCUUGCGCUCUUAUAUAAGCUUCGCAUCCUUCCCUCCUAGCUCCCGUCCCUCUUUUGCCUUUUUUUUCCUUCCCCAAUUACAUGUUCCGUCGCACACAAACCCUUCGCUCCUUCUCAAAACCCUAACCCAAACCACGAAGAAAUCCUUGCCCUUGCGUCUCCGGGCAUUCGUCGCCGCGGUCGGUCAGUCAUCGGGCAACCAUGGCCGCUCCUUCUAGGGACCAGGCACUUUCUCUCAUCGCCGCCUCAAAGAACCACGGAGAUUUGGCCGUUAAGCUCUCGUCUCUAAAGCAAGCCAAAGAUAUUUUGUCGUCCGUAGAUCCUUCCGUCGCGACCGAUCUUUUCCCGUACUUGGUCGAGCUACAGUCCUCGCCCGAGAGCCUUGUUCGAAAAGUUCUUGUCGAGAUAAUUGAAGAUGUUGGUUUAAAGGCAUUGGAAUAUUGUUCUAUGCUAAUACCUGUCAUACUGGCCCUUGUAAGAGAUGGUGACCCUAUCGUUGCAAGACAGUCGAUUGUCAGUGGCUCGAAGUUCUACUGUAGCAUUGUAGAGGAAAUGGUGUUGCAGUUUCAUCGGCGUGUUAACGUGGACCGGUGGCUUGAAGAACUAUGGAUGUGGAUGGUUAAGUUUAAGGAUGUUGUCUUUUCUAUUGCUUUGCAGCCUGGUUCUGCUGGGACGAAAUUGCUAGCAUUGAAGUUUCUGGAAACAUAUAUUUUAAUUUUUGCAAUUGACACCACUGACUCUGAAAAGCCUGCAUAUGAAGCUACAGCAGGAGGUGGACGGACAUUUAAUGUUUCCUGUCUACUUGGUGGCCACACUAUUUUGGAUCUGGUUGCUGUGAUGUCUGAAGUAAAUAAGUCUCUUGGUGUUUUGUUGGAUUUGUUGCGAUCAGCUGGUAGUAUCCCUGGUUUAUUGACAAUUGCUGUUGUCAAUUGUCUUGUUGCCAUAGCAAGGAAGAGGCCAAUUCACUAUGAUACAAUUCUUUCUGCAUUGUUCAAUUUUGAUCCCAACUUUGAGGGGGUGGGGGGUUGCCAUACUGCCAGCAUCCAUUAUGCCUUGAGAACGGCCUUUCUCGGAUUUCUAAGGUGUACUUAUUCACCCAUUGUAGAGUCAAGAGAGAAAUUGCUCAGGGUGUUACGAGCAAUGAAUGCAGGGGAUGCUGCUGACCAAGUUAUCCGACAAGUUGAUAAAAUGAUGAAAAAUAGUGAGCGUGUAUCUCGUGAAGCUUGGCUACGAAGGGAUGACCAACCAUCAAGUCAGCUUCCUGGCUUUGGAGAUCUGUCAAGGAAAAUAUCCAUGCUUCAGGACAAUGACGACCUUGCUUAUGAGGUGCCUUCCAAGCGAAUUCGUCAUGGUCCAAACACUCCCUCAGCGUUGCAAGUUCAAGUGAAUGGUUAUGGCCAGGAUUCUGUUUCUGUGAAUGAAGUGUCUCCUAAUGUUCCCCUGUUUGAUAGUGAUUUGACUCCAGUGGAAAAAAUGAUUGCGAUGAUUGGUGCACUGCUUGCGGAAGGAGAAAGAGGGGCUGAAUCUCUUGAAAUUCUUAUUUCAAAUAUUCAUCCUGACUUGCUGGCUGAUAUUGUGAUUACUAAUAUGCGGCACUUGCCUAAAACCCCUCCACCGGUAACACAGCUUGGGAGUUUGCAUAUAACUCAACAAAAUGGCUCUCAAAGUAGUUCAGCACAGGUGGUGGCGCAAUCUGUUUCAGCAAAUUCUGUGCAAUCUCCAGUUCCCACUGCACAAGUACCUUUUUCUUCAGUUUCCACAAUCAGUUCAUCGUUGUCCGAGACAUCUGCUGUCAAUAAUUUUCCUGCAGAUUCUAAACGUGAUCCAAGAAGGGAUCCACGUCGCCUUGAUCCAAGGCGUGUUGUGAUGCCUACAGGAAUACCUUCUAUACAUGUUGCUGAGGAUAACAGUCCUGUGCCUUUUGAGUCAUAUGGCUCUAGCUCCUUGAGCAAGCCUGUUUCAUUUCCUGCUAUAACAUCUGUUGAAACUCAGAUGCCGCAGUUGAUGUCCAAUGCAGAUGUCAAUGAUAAUCUUUUGGGGAGUACAUUGUUCGUUGAAACUGGUCAAGAAAAUCCUGAAGAAGAGUUUGUGAGAAAAAUUGAGGAGGCCCUCCCAAUUCCAGAAGUCAAUGCUUCAGAUCAGGCACAUUCUCCUCUUCGCAUCGCUGAUGAGCAUUCUGGUUCAUCAAGGUUGUCUGAUUGCGAAAUAACAUAUGAAGAUGAUAUAUCAGCUUUGCUGGAAGCCGAUCAGAAUUCCCCAGCUAUUUCAAACACAUCAGCAUCGGAGGAGACUUGUUUGGAUUUACCUGUGCUCCCAAUGUAUGUUGAUAUGACCGAAGAACAGCAAACAAGUAUGAGAAAACUGGCAGUUGAACGGAUUAUCAAAUCGUAUGAGCAUCUAGAUGGUACCAACUCAAGCAAGACAUGGAUGGCAAUACUUGCGAGAUUGGUUGCUCAGCUUGAUGCAGGUGAUGAUGUGGUGGUGGUCCUGCAAAAAAAAAUUGUUUUGGAUCACGAACAGCAAAAGGGGCAUGAGCUUGUGUUGUAUAUCCUCUACCAUCUGCAUUCUCUCAUGAUCUCAGAUUCAGUUGAAACCGCUUCCGUUGCUGCUAUUGCUUAUGAAAACUUUCUAUUGGCAGUGGCCAAAUCUUUACUGGAUAUUUUACCUGCCUCAGACAAGUCCUUCAGUCGACUUUUUGCUGAAGUUCCAUUUUUGUCUGAUGCUUCCUUGAAAUUGUUAGAUGAUCUCUGCUAUUCGAAUGUUUUUGAUCCCAAUGGAAAUGAAAUUCGUGAUGGUGAGCGUGUCACUCAAGGCCUUGGUGCUGUGUGGGGUUUGAUUUUGGGGCGUCCAAAUUAUCGGCAAGCCUGCUUAAGUAUAGCUUUAAAGUGUGCUGUUCAUACACAAGAUGAUAUUCGGGCGAAAGCUAUUCGGCUGGUGGCAAACAAACUCUAUCCACUGAACUACAUAUCAGAACAUAUUGAAAAAUAUGCAACAGAUAAGCUACUUUCUGCUGUGGAUCAGCACGCUUUAGGUACAGAGCUUUCACAGUCAGCGUCGGGCGACAGAAGAGCUGAAGAAGAGUUUGCAAGACAUGAAACAUCAACUCCUGAAAAUGAGAAUAUGAAUGGUGCACAACCAGUCAUCCAGAGCGUGGCAACAGUGUCAUUUCCUGAAGCCCAACGCCUAAUUUCGCUGUAUUUUUCUUUAUGUACAAAGAAACCUAUUCUUCUUCGACUUGCAUUUGAUAUUUAUGGGAAAGCUCCAAAAGGUGUGAGGCAGGCUUUUCACCGUCAUAUUCCUAUACUCAUAAGGGCUGUAGGGCCAUUUUAUUCUGAAUUGCUUAAUGUAAUAUCUGAUCCACCACAAGGGAGUGAAGAUCUUUUGACACUGGUGUUGCAAAUAUUGACUCAGGAAACAACACCGUCUCCUGAUCUUAUAGCCACUGUUAAACGUUUAUACGAGACUAAGUUGAAGGAUGUGUCAAUUCUUAUUCCAAUGCUCUCAUUGCUUCCCAAGGAUGAGGUUUUACCUAUUUUCCCUCGGCUGGUUGACCUUCCCAUGGAGAAGUUCCAGACAGCACUUGCUCAUAUAUUACAGGGUUCAGCUCAUACAGGUCCAGCUUUAACACCUGCAGAAGUUUUGGUUGCCAUUCAUGAUAUCAGUCCUGAGAAAGAUGGUCUUGCACUGAAGAAGAUAACAGAUGCUUGCUCAACUUGUUUUGAGCAACGGACAGUUUUCACACAACAGGUCUUGGCAAAGGCCUUGAAUCAGAUGGUUGAUCAAACUCCUCUGCCUCUUCUUUUCAUGAGAACUGUUAUUCAGGCAAUUGAUGCAUUUCCCAAACUGGUCGAUUUUGUUAUGGAGAUGCUUUCCAAACUUGUGAAUAGACAGGUAUGGAGAAUGCCAAAGUUGUGGGUAGGGUUCCUAAAGUGUGUGUCACAAACUCAGCCACACUCUUUCCAUGUGUUGUUACAGCUACCAUCUCCUCAACUUGAAAGUGCUCUGAACAAGCAUGCUAUGCUCCGAGGCUCCUUGGCUGCUUAUGCCAACCAACCUAGUAGGAAAGCUUCACUACCUAGAUCAACGCUCGAUGUUCUUGGUCUUGCCAACGAAUCAUAUUUGCCAGAUAGCUCAUCUUUGCAGCCUUCAGACAUUACCUCUUCAGUUCAUGGAGCAACUAUGACAAGAUAAGAGGCUUUGCAAUUUUUCUAAUUGAUGAGCUAUAACCUCAGCAUUACGCAGAGUAAUCUGGAGGUUGUUUUCCACAGCUCGUGAUUCCGGUUGCCCACGGAGAAGAUACAAUUGGCCCGCCACAUAAAAGGUGCUCACAUGGAAGCUGCACUCCUGGCCAGUGCAUAUGAAUGAGAAUCUGAAACAGGUGGCAUAUGGCAUGUUGUUUCAAUCAAGGAGUGCUGGAAAAAGAAUAUCCAUUCUGCACCAACCAGAUUCUGAUCUGGGUAUUGUACCAUAACUGUAAUUGUUCAAUUUUUCUAUUUAUCGGCAUUAUAAUUUUUUGAACUUCGUCCCGUGCUCUCUGGCUGGGGAUGGGACUUAUUAAUGUGUAUAUACGGGGUGGCUAGCAGCAUGGAAACACAUAGAUGAUGUCAACACCAGUGUCAUGGUAAAGAAAAGGAAUGAUCCGGUUCCCUUACAUAGUGUGAGGAACCUGGACCUGGUUGUGAGGGGAGACUGGACGGAUGAAGCCCACACCAAAUACUCGGUGGGUGCAAGAGAUGAGCCAAGGUGGUGGGUUGCAUAUUGAUUUUGUCAAUAUUGUUAAUGCAAUUGUCGUAUUCCCCUCCA